AUGGCCGGUAAUUUUGAGUUACUCAGCGAACAGGGUCUGCGCCUGGAUGGCCACAUCAAGUGCAAAUUGGGCGUGUUCGAGCAGCCCGACGGCAGCGCCUACAUGGAACAAGGAAACACAAAAGUUUUGGCCGCUGUAUAUGGACCCCAUGAAGCGAAAGGUAUGAAAACGGAGACCAACGAUGUCAUCAUCAACUGCCAGUACAGCCAGGCCACAUUCGCUACGGCGGAGAGAAAGAACCGUCCACGAGGAGAUCGAAAAUCCCUGGAGUUCAAAAUGUACUAA